GGGACUGAGGGUGAGUGAUGGAAAUUGUGUCAAAAACCUAGAAGUAUUUGGCGAAUUUAUAAAAUUCCUUUUUAUAAAUAUAAUUUUGAAUCGACAAUUAGACGUGACCCGAUGAUAAAUACAAAAUAUGGCUGCGACUCCGCCUUGAAAUAAUAAUAACAGUCAAAACUGAUUUUAACGAGUACCUACGUACAAAAUAAAUUUGCAUCAACAUGGAUAUAAAUCAGCUUGUCAGCAAAAAUCAGUCCAUUAAGAUAGUUCCAUCGAUAGAAGAAACUCUACAAAACCAAGGACUUGAUGUAGAUUUGGACGAUAAUACAAUAUUAUGGUUGCAUCAAUUGAAAGAAACUUGGAAAACGUGGAAGAGGAGUCCUACCAUUGAGCACCACAUCGAAUUAUUUUUCAACACCAGGGCCGACGCUUUUCGCGUAGCCCUGGUCUUCGUCAUAAAAUGUGAAGAUUCAAAAGAUUGUAAGACGAAAACAUUACCCUAUUUUAUUAUUGAGAUUUUACAUAAAUGGUCAAGAGCAAACAAUUUAGUACCUGAGGACUGUCUAAAACUGCCUGCAUUCCAUAUAGCCAUCAGGCAAAGGAACCAGAGCUUUCUGAGUCUUAUGGCUAAAACAUAUCAAUUAUCAACCAUCAAGGAAACCAUUUUGCCAAUUGUAAGGUCAAUGAUCACAAAUGAUAAUUGCAAGCAAGCAUGUCAAGUUGUCAUAGCUAUUGAAUUAUUUGACGAUAUAUCAGUACAAGAAUUACUAUUCCCGUUGAUUCUGCAAGACAAAUCCAAUAUUAUUGAUGAAUAUCUUUCAGAGUGCCCUGCUCAAGUUACACCACUUCUUCAAUUUUUGGAUAUGCUACUUGACAAAAAUUUUAGCAUUCGUGAAUAUGUUCAAAAAUAUAUUGAAGAACAUAACAUUUGUAACAUCAAAUAUGAUAAAAUACACUAUAAGCCAUUGGGUAAGUUGGUGGCAAGAUUGUGCAAUAAAUUCAAGGUUCCAAUUGAGACUUGCAAAAAUCUUAGUAAAAAUCGAACAACUGGAGGCCUGAGGUAUUUAAUUCACCAAAAAUAUGAAGAAAAUAAUGUAAGCACAGCCGUUUGGGAUGAUUUAAUCAAAGAUUCACUUCGACAGAAUGCUGACUCAGCACAUGAGUUCAUUGACAUGCUUGUGGCAUAUGACAAGAGUGAAGCUCUUAAAUGGGCAUCAUACUUGAACUUACAAGAGAAUCUGUUGCCAGCUGCCCUAAGGGAAAUGACUAUUCAAACUGAUGAAGUAGAACCUGAGAACUGGGAGACAGAUGUCAAGACUGAGAUUACUCAUCAGGAGUAUUAUAAGUUUACUUUGCCUCUAGAGCAAAUAAUUAUGAUAGAUACAGCUGAAAAGUUUUAUGACCUGAUAAUGAAUGAUUUAGCAGGAUGUAGCCUAGUAAGUAUUGAUUGUGAAUGGAAACCAUCAUUUGGAGCGAAACAAUCUCAAGUAGGGCUUAUCCAAAUAGCAACUGAUAGAAAUGUGUACCUUAUAGAUAGUAUCAUACUCAAUCAAAAACAAUAUUCCAGCUUUUGGCACACUUUUUACAAAUCUCUCUUGGACAAUGCUGAAAUAGUCAAGAUCGGUUUUGGUCUUGAACAAGAUUUGAGGGAAAUGAAGGCGUCAAUAAUUGGUUUGAGCAACAUGAAGCUGAAAGGAGAAGGGCUGCUGGAUAUUUGUACAUUAUGGAAGAACCUUAUCCAUUGCGGAUUAGUUUUGCCAAGCAACAGUGACAGUGCUGGAAACAGCCUGAGUUCCCUAGUCCAAUCAUGCUUCGGCUUGCCGCUUGAGAAAUCAGAGCAGUGCUCUAAUUGGGAAUUGCGACCAUUGCGGGACACACAGAUCCAAUAUGCCGCUCUGGAUGCUCAUGUCCUAAUCCAGAUAUAUUAUUUCCUUCAGCAAAAAUGUUUGGAACAGAGAAUAGAUUUUGAUGAAAUAUGCAAUGAAGUAACACUGGAAAGAAAGAAAAAGUGUUCUAAGAAACUGAAAGUUACUCAAAUUUUUGUUCCAGUAAAGUCAGUUAAUGAUGUAAAGCUAUUAAUUGAACCUGAAUUAUCUCACUUAAUGACAUAUUUAAGGUAUUGUGGAAUAGACACUAUGCUGAUUCCACCUACUUUAUUAUGGCAUGAUGUUAUAAAUUUAGCUGUCAGUGAGGAUCGUUUGGUUGUUACAGCUAAGUAUAAGUGCUCUCCCUUUGAGGAAUUUCCACAAAGCUGUAUAUUUGAUGCAGGUAAAGGUAGUGUUAAAGAGCAACUUCAAAUGCUCCUUACUAAUUGUAAUGUAGGCAUUAAGCAGAAUGAUAUACUUAGUCGUUGUUUGUUAUGUAAUGGCAAAACUUUGAAGAAUUUGGCAGUUGAUGAGGUAUUUAAAAUUUGUAAUGAGUAUCAAGCUUCACAGGCUAUUCAAGUUAACAAUAAGGCAUAUGCCAGUGAUUAUGAUGAAGAUGAAGAGUUUUAUGAUAGAUUUAAUAGUGAUUCCGAUUGUGAUGAAGAUUCCUUUCAACCAAUGCAUAAGCUGGUGCUGAAGGCAACUUGCCUCACUAGCAAGGGUGUGUCUGUUGAAAUAAGUAAUGUUGAACAACUUUCUUCCUCUGGAAAACCUGCAGUAUUGUGUGAGCUAUGUGGCAAGUUAUUUUGGGAUGAAGAUGACUGUUUAAAACCUGUUAGUGAACUAGUUUUAAAUAUGAUAAAACUCAGCAUCUGAGAAUAAAUUUACUAUGGUACAAAUUGAUAUUAAAUGCAUUACUGUUUUAAAGUAAAUUGUUUAUUCAAACAUUAAUAUAUUGCCUAUUAUAAUAUGUGUAUGUAAUAUAUUUUAGAUAGUUAAUCAUAAUCACUAUAUAUUAUACUUAAGCGUUAAAGCAUAUGAUUCACGAAUAUUAAUCAAUUUAAAUUAAUAAGCUAAUGUCUAUGGUGAACAUCAUAUUUGUUUGGUCCCAAAACAUUUGAUUAAGGAAAAAUGUACAAUAUUGUAAGAUUGAUUGUACCUAUGUAUUAUAAAGAGUCCUUUUAGGUAUAUCCAAAUACGGUUUUAUAAAAAAAAGGACAAAGGAUUGUUAAUAUAAAAAAAAAUCAACAAUUAUGUAUAUUUAAUUCUACCGCGAUUCUACCGCGGUCUACCGCGAUAUAAUUUCAUUGUUUUUACCUUUAAUUCCGACGUUUCAGCUGAGUUGCACCAGCUGUGGUCACGGAAAGACUGACGUCCCAACAAAUGUCAACAGAGAUAUUAAUAAAACAUCACUAAACUACCCGAAAUUAGUUUAUAAAAAUGUUUGGGGUAGUCCAAGAAAUUGCAGCUACCCGUUAAAGUUUAAUGUUUAUUGUCCACGGCACGACACGCAACACUCACAGUAUCCGUACACUGGUCCGAAACUGGUGAUGUGUACAAAACGCGAGAGUUUAAAGUGUUAUAAGUAUUGCAAACAAUUAUGUAAGUACUUAUAUUUCAAGUCUCUCUUUAUCAAACAAACCAUUUAGUUUAUAAGUAGGUGUAUAUUUACAGGUCUGAAAAGUGAAUUUUCCAGUAUGAUUUACAUAGAAUUUUCCUAUUUAGAAUCCAUGUUACGGGCAUUCCACAAGACUUUCGCUUACGAAAUGCCAUUUUUCUAAUACCUACUUUUGAAAUGCUGAGAAAGCGAUAAUAACAGAGAAUUGAACUAAAACUGUUACCUACUGGAAAUAUUUAAUUACUUUGCUAGCAAAUUGGCAGUAAGUAUAUCCAUGAGUUUUCCGCAUUUGAUUGCAAUAGCUGCCAUACAUGGCACAAACAGUACAGCGACAUUCUCGUGGUAUGCCCUUUUAAAAAGUAUAAGCCACUUAUGAAAGCUGUAAGCAUUGUUGCCAAUGAGUUUUUCAGUUGUAGACAACAAUAACUAUCUAUGAAAUAAGGUAUUAAUAUAAUAUAUUUACGCAUAUUAAUAUAUGUUAAGUAAAAUGUAAAUCUUUGGUGUAACACUAACCACAGGUAACUUUUAAAACAGGUAGUUGUUAUAUUUUAGUUUUACUUAUAUUUUUUCCUCGAGUCAGAGUUGCGUAUCUUCACCUAUCACGGCAGUGACGAGUUACAAAUUAAAUUAACAAAAUAAUAAGGUGCAAAAUCGUUCAGCCACUUUUGAAACGGGGUUUAUUACUAAAAUAAAAAUAUAAAUAAAGGUGUGUUAGGGUUAGCCCAUCAACGGAAUGAUCAAACUGCUAUUUGGAGUUUUUCGUCUCAUAUGCUUUACCAAUUAUCUUGGAAGUCGUAUAAAGUAUAUAGUACUUUCAUAACCAUUCAUUUUGUUUUAUGUUAACCUUUUGGACGCCAAUGACCGAUAUAUCUGCACCGCCGGUUCAACGCCAAAUACUGAUUACUCGGUCACAUACCACAGAGCAACAUAGACCUACGUGCAUAUGCAUAAAGUUUAAUUUCAGUUUUGACACUUCGGUGACGUGGCGUCGGGUGACUGCUUUUGUGUUUGACACGGCGUCGAAAAGGUUAAAAUUCAAGUAGUUAAAGCAGUUGCACGAAACGUUUCGUUCGUUGACGAGCGAUCAAGAGUCGGUUGCACCAAACUGUAUGUCACCGUUAAAAAGUUCGCUAAGAAUUCUUUCAUAGAUCUAUGCUGCGUGACGUUGAUCAACAUGUUAACUGUUGGUGCAACCAACUGACCCUAAGUUCGUUGAAUCAACGACCACCACUAAGUCUUAUGAUGAGUCCAACAGUGCUCUCAACUAAACUCGCCCAAUAGCAAUUAUUUUCCUAUCGGAAUAACCCCAGUACCCUACACUACACCAUUUUGUGAUGCAUAAAUCAGUUAAUGACGCAACCCUGACAUAUUAUUUAGACUUUAAGACUGUAUUCUUUUUAGCUAUUUUAUUAACACAGCCACAUAUUAAUUUGCUGCAUCGUAUAUUAAGGACAACAGUGUUCAACUAGAUUUAUGUUAAGCAAAUGUACUUCUAGAAUGUUAACAUAUACUGAAAAUAAAUGAUUUAAAUGUA